ACCUCUUCUCGCCAUUGCUGUAACUCAAAGGUCCGUUCUUUCCAUUCUUGAAAUGGUUGCGGCUUGUCUCUCUACUUGCAAUUUUACAGAGCUAGCCAUUUUACGGCUUGGCAGAACCAACAGGAGGCUUGGGUUUUCACUUUCAACGCUCUCUACAUCAAAAUCUUUUGAUUCUAGAAUUAGUAUUGGAAUUAGAGUGAAAGCAGGGGAUGGGAGGGAUAGUUUUGCCGUUGAAGAUAGAGAAAGGGAUUUAAAUGGUGAAGUGAACGGUUAUGUUUUGAAUGGUAAUGGUAAUGUUAAUGGUAAUGGGAGUGUUCAUUUCAGUAGCAAUGACAAUGAUUAUGAUAAUGUGGUGGCUAAAACGAGCUCAAAUGGGAGUGCUAGUGUGAAUGGAGUUAGUAAUGAGAUUUUGGUGAAGUAUACCAAUGGGAAUGGAUCUGCAGGUGCUGCUACCGUAACUACUGAACCAGUUGUGAAAUCAAAAUCAGAUAAGGUACCAUCUGAUAAGAAGACUGUGGAGGAGAUUGGACAGGAAGAUGCCUGGUUUAAGAGAAAUGGGUAUCAGCAGGUUGAGGUUUCUGUUGCGCCUGGGGGCCGUUGGAGUAGAUUCAAAACUUAUUCUACUAUACAAAGGACUUUGGAAAUAUGGGGUUCUGUUCUUACAUUUAUCUUUAGGGCUUGGUUGACCACUCAGAAAUUUUCUUAUCGAGGCGGAAUGACAGAGGAGAAGAAAGCUAAAAGGCGGAAAAUACUAGCCAAGUGGUUGAAGGAAAAUAUUUUGAGAUUAGGUCCUACAUUCAUUAAAAUCGGACAGCAGUUCUCUACAAGGGUGGACAUUCUUCCUCAAGAAUAUAUUGAUCAAUUAUCAGAACUUCAGGAUCAAGUUCCUCCUUUCUCGUCAGCUAUCGCUGUAUCUGUAGCUGAACAGGAAUUUGGAGCCCCUUUAAGUGAGAUAUUUGAUCAGUUUGAUUUUGAACCAAUUGCAGCUGCCAGUCUUGGUCAGGUUCAUCGUGCGAAAUUAAAGGGGCAGGAAGUUGUUGUUAAAGUACAAAGGCCUGGUCUCAAGGAUCUCUUUGACAUAGAUCUGAAAAACCUAAGGGUUAUUGCAGAAUAUCUUCAAAAGAUUGAUCCUAAAUCAGAUGGCGCAAAGAGGGACUGGGUGGCUAUUUAUGACGAGUGUGCGAAUGUCUUAUAUGAGGAGAUUGAUUACACCAAGGAAGCUGCUAAUGCUGAAAGAUUUGCAGAUAACUUCAAAAACCUGGAUUAUGUGAAAGUCCCAUCUAUAUACUGGGAAUACACCACACCGCAGGUGCUCACUAUGGAGUAUGUUCCUGGUAUCAAGAUAAACAGGAUUGAAGCAAUAGAUCAGUUGGGAGUUGACCGUAAAAAGUUAGGCCGCUAUGCUGUUGAGUCAUACUUGGAACAGAUUCUGUCGCAUGGUUUCUUCCAUGCUGAUCCACAUCCUGGAAAUAUUGCCGUGGAUGAUGUUAACGGGGGAAGGUUGAUCUUUUAUGACUUUGGAAUGAUGGGAAGUAUAAGUCAGAACAUCAGAGGAGGGUUGUUAGAUGUUUUCUAUGGAGUUUAUGAGAAAGAUCCAGAUAAGGUUCUUCAAGCAAUGAUCCAGAUGGGUGUACUUGUGCCUACUGGUGAUAUGACAGCUGUGAGAAGGACUGCACAGUUCUUUCUUAACAGCUUUGAAGAACGUCUCGUCGCACAAAGAAAAGAAAGAGAGAUGGCUACAACAGAACUUGGAUUCAAAAAGCCCCUGAGCAAGGAAGAGAAAAAGGAGAAAGCUAAACAGCGUUUAGCAGCAAUAGGGGAAGAUUUAUUAUCUAUUGCUGGUGAUCAACCAUUUAGAUUCCCAGCCACUUUUACAUUCGUUGUUAGGGCAUUUUCAGUGCUGGAUGGCAUUGGGAAGGGUCUCGAUCCUCGCUUUGAUAUUACUGAAAUUGCUAAACCUUAUGCCCUAGAGUUGCUAAAGUUCAGAGAAGCAGGCAUUGAGGUUGUAGUUAAGGAUUUCAGGAAAAGGUUGGAUCUGCAAUCCCGUGCAUUUCAAAACUUAUUUAGGCAAGCUGAUAGAGUGGGGAAGCUUGCUGACAUUAUACAACAAUUGGAGAAAGGUGACUUAAAGCUCCGAGUUCGAGCUUUGGAGUCAGAAAGGUCUUUUCAACGGGUUGCGGCUGUUCAAAAGACAAUAGGAAGUGCAAUAGCGGCUGGUACCCUGGUUAACCUUGCAACACUUAUGUAUCUAAAUUCAAUUAGAGUUCCUUCCACAAUAGCUUAUAUAGUAUGUGCUUUCUUCGGCCUCCAAGUUCUCUUUGGACUUCUCAAAGUAAAAAAAAUAGACGAAAGGGAGAAGCUGAUAACAGGGACUGCUUAAGUACUCAGGUAGCCCAGACAGAUUCUUUAAUCACAUGGAAUCAAUCAUGCAUCUUGAUCAUGAGAAGGGCCAAAGAGCAAAAUAGGAUUAGAAGAAACAUAUAUAGUGUUUGUCUUUAUUAAAUUCAUAAAAGAAUGAUGCUGGCUGCACUUGGUGCUUAUCUUUUAUUGUAGGAAAAUUAGUUUUGUAAAUAUGAGUUAAUAUGUAUGGACGCAAACCGACGCAACUUUUUGUAUUUUAAAAAAUAAAUAUUGUAAUUAGGUAAGUCUUUUUUGCGACAA